UCCACCACGGCUUGCCAUUUCAAUACAGUCACAACAAAUGACCUACACGGUAAAUAUGAUACUUAAAAUUACUUUUAUUGUCACGUGCGAAUUAUUAAUAACAUAUGGAAACGCUAAAAUCAUUAUGUUGCGAAAUUUAGACUUCAAAACAAAUGGUGGACCUCAACAACUAAAAAUUCAUGAAACACCUCAAGUUAAUUUGACUGAAAAAUCUGAAGACAGAGCUUCUAGUACGACUCAAGAAGUUUCCAAGGACAUAAGUGAAGAGGUUAGUCGAAAAGAAAAUGAUUUACAUGAUGAUGCCAUCCAGCAAGAUUUGAAUGAUAUUGAAACUGUUGUACAACCAGAAAUUAAAAAAGUCAACAGUGGAUCCAGUGACAAACAGAACUUGGAAAAAAUAAAAUUGAUGUUAAAAGAAAUAAAGAAAAUGUUGAAAAAAGAAAGAAAAACGACGGGAGUAGAAAAUGAUCAUUUUAAAUCGUACGUGCCGAUUAGUGAAGAUGUUGAGAAUCCGGAGCCCCGAGGUAUGGCAAGGACCUUCAUCCAUUCUAUGGAUGGAUUGAACCUUAUUAAUAGAGGCAAGAAGAUACACGAUAUUGUCUAGACUAUUAUUAAGUAUUAAUAAUCAUAGAUACAUGUAGAGUUUAAUAAUUAUUUUAACAUAUUCAAAUUAUAUUUUUUUAUACUUUUGUUUUUUUAUAGAACACGGGCAAACGAUCUGGAAAUGAUCUGAUUUUAAGUGAUUCAUGGACACUCUCAAUGCCAGAGGGCUCGCGAGUG